CGCCAGGCAACCACACAAUCCAUCCACAGGCUGUGUACAAAAUAAGCAAAUCGGCCAGUUAUUUCAUCCUCCUGGCAUAAAAAAACACAUUCCAAAGAUGGAUGGUCUUCCUUUCCUACCAGGGAACUCGUUCACGGACCCAACGAAAGGGCGUUACCACAGAUCACACACUCUUGGCUACAAGAAUGGUUACUCCAUCCCAACCCGUCCAGAAAAGGGCAUUGGUGGCGUUCCGAUCCCAUAUAACCAGCUCAGCGAAAAAGAUCUCGACGACCUAGCAAAUUUCCGCCCAACACUGACCUACGGCCAAGCCAAGCAAGCCCCACCAGAGGACUUUGUUCCGGCCCAUGUUGCCUGGGACAAAAAGGUGUUGAAAUUCAACGCCUACUUCAAACAAACGGUCCACGAGUCACCAAAGGAGCACUACAGGGUGCGACCAGUCAAUAUUUACUACUAUCUUGAGGAUGACAGCAUCUCAGUUGUCGAACCGGUUGUGGAAAACUCUGGAAUGCCACAAGGUAAACUCAUCAAGAGACAGCGACUUCCCAAAAAUGAUGAAGGUGACCACUGGGUAUGGAAAGACCUCAACCUCGGCGUAAACGUUGUCUUCUACGGCAAGGUUUUCCGCAUCACCGACUGUGACAAGUUUACGACAGAUUUCCUCGAGAGUGAAGGUAUCAUCGUCAACCCGUCGGAAACUCUGGAGGAGGAUCCUUACAUCGGACAGAGAACCGAAGCCGCUGCUCUGAAAACUUUCGCAACGCCAUCUGCAUUCGAUAAGCUGCGACAGUUUUUGGAACUUGACCGAAAAGUACUGAGAUUCUAUGCCUUGUGGGACGACAGGGAUAGCAUGUUCGGAGAAAUUAGGCCAAUUGUAAUUCAUUAUUACCUUGUUGACGACACGUUAGAGGUCCGCGAAGUCCACACACCCAACGACGGCCGUGAUCCCUUCCCUAUCCUCAUCACCCGCCACAAAGUACCGAAAAACCGUGAAAAGGUCGACUCAUCAUUCCCCGCCAUCGUCAUGGAAUACACCGACAGCGAAAUCAAGGAAUAUUUCACCGCUAGAGACUUUAUGAUCGGUAAUACCGUCCAGCUUUACAAUCGGCGCGUUUUGAUUUACGAUUGGGAUAAAUUCACGAUGGCGUUCUAUCACACUCAUUUCGGCGUGACGUCGGUGGACCCCAUUGACGUGAGGACAAAGGCUGAGGCGAUGGCAAAGAUGGAACUGCCCCCGUACAAUGGCUACGGCUCGAUCGAGGAUUCGAUGCAGUCUUGCCUGUCGCUAAUCCCGCAGCCUCCGAAGAAAGACUUUAUUAAGAUGCUCGAGAAUGACCACAGCAUCCUGAGAUUUGGCGCAAUCAUGGAUUCCGUGAAACCGGAGGACAAGGGCCGACGCUUCAUCAUCUCAUACCAUCUUGCUGACGACAUGAUGUCAGUCUACGAACCCCAAGUCAGAAACUCUGGCAUCAUCGGCGGGAAAUUCUUAGAAAAGACGCGGUGUGCCCGCCCAGAAAGCACCAUCGAGAACCCGAGAUACUACGGGCCUAACGAUUUCAAAGUUGGCGAGAUGAUUACGAUCUUUAAUCAUCGAUUCAUCGUUCAGUCGGCCGAUGUUUACGUUUUGAAGUAUAUGGAGGAGCACAAGGAUCAAUUCAGUCCCGACACGAUCCAGUCGCUGCGUGACGUGCUCAGCGCGGGAAUGACCAGGAAGGACGUCAUCAAAGGAGCACCCAUGAAGAUCAGGCGAACGCCUGGUGACCUUGAAAGGUUAUGCGCAGAGGUCAAAGGUCAGCUGAAGAAGAUGGUGAUCACGGACAAGAACCGUAUCGACGAGAUGUUCCUGAGGUACAACUCCGAUCGUCAAGGUUACGUCGACGGUACUCAUCUGAAAGAUAUGUGCCUUCGCCUGCAGUUGCCCGCAGACGAUGAUGUUAUAGAUAUGAUCGUAAACGAAUGUGGAUCCGAUGGAAAGAUCGACUUGGAGCAGUUCAGGAAAUUCUUCGAGAGCACUUAGACUAUUUUCAAAUCGCUGCCAUCAUUCAGAAACAUUGUAAACAUCGGCAGAAAUCAACUUAAUGUCGUCAUCCGUCCGAAUGAGAUUACGUCCUAUCGGUGAAAUUUCAGAUCUAUGUUCCAUCAAAAAUUAAAAGCUGUCGUAUUUUAGAGAUAUUUAUAUUGUUAUGUGUCAGAGCUGUGAUAUUUCAAGUUUUUAAGCCCCUCUAUUGAAAUAAAGGUUUUGGGGGUAUACUAUACAUGUGAGCACAAUAUUACAUGAUCCCUAUUCGUUGCAUUGAUUCAACUUGUGCAUGUGUACUUAUUUCUGUCUGAUGUAAAAGUAUUUCUAAUCGAAAAUAUUGCGCACAAAUUCACGAAAUGCUGCGCACAAGGACUUGUUUACUUUUUAAAUACAGCGACACCCAAAAAUUGCUGUGCUGGCUCUAUGAACUGAGACUGAAAGAAGUACUUGAUUAUCUAAGUUGCCUUGGCCUGCAUGGAACCCAAAGAUCAUUGUUCACACCGGUCAAGGCAAUUAAUUUUUCGUUGCUUUACUAGUAAUUUUUGUUCGUCACCCUAAACAUUUUAAAGUCCAUGUUUGAUCAGAAUAUUAUUGUCACAGAAUUGUCUUGUGAAAUGCCCGCACUACUGUUUGCUCUUGUAUUGCCAUCGAUAUUCGAAGAGAUCACAUUUUGUGGGUAGGUUUGAGAAAAAGGCCUAUUAGGUUGUUCGACAUGAGGUGAAAAAUAGGCCUCUGGUUGUUUAAAAACUUGUUCAAGACAGAUGUUGUGUAGAUAUUUAUUGCGUCCACCAUCACCUCAAAUAUUUUUCAUGACGAUUUUUUGCCGAAAAUUCAAAUUUGACCCUUUUUCUCGCCUCUGGUAUUACUGCAAGGGUUAAAAUUGACCCCUUUUAUGAGGGUUUUCUGGUUGUCACUGUAGUUGUAUAUAAUUGUUUUAUUUCUGUAACAUUGCAUUCUCCACAGCGAGUGUCUUGAGGCAUUCUCCUAAAGUUUGCAAAGCCCUGCCUGUGGAGACUGUGUAUUUAAAUAUAAAUAAAGACAUAUGUUUUA